AUGAAGCCCAGACCCGGCCUCCCAACCGACAUCGAGGCUCUUACAGAUGUCAUCAUCAGAACGAUGCCGCUAGAUCCGCAAUGGGAUUAUCGGUUUCCGCAUCGCCAUGAGUAUCCUGAGGAUCACUACAAAUUCACGCGCUUGCUAUUCGAGUACUUUCUUGAUCCGGCCUACGACGACUGGCAGGUCAUGGUAGUGGAGGACAGCCUGGAGACAGGCUGUGAGGAUAGACGGGUGGUCUCGUUCAGCGUCUGGGACGUUUCUUAUCGCAACAAGAAGCGAUACGGGCCCGGCUAUGUAACCCAGGAUCGCAAGUCUUUCAUCAUGUUCUUUGCUCACUUCUCCCACCGAAAACCUCCUGUCACCGAGGUGGAAAGGCAGGGAGGCAGGGCACGCCGGGACGCGAACCACAAGCACUUUCAGGAGUUCUGGAAGGGUCAAAUCCGAGCCUACAAGAUGUUCUUUGGCAAGAUCGGGCCCGACCAGAUUCACCUCCAGAUUCUUGCCACGUUGCCCGAGUUUCAGCGACGUGGUCAUGCCUCCUCGCUCUGCAAAUGGGGGAUGAAGAUGGUUCAUCAAGAGCGCCUGAAAGAUAUUUCAGUCAUGGCCAGUCCCAUGGGCCACAGCCUAUACACCUGGCUGGGGUUCAGCCUUGUGGGCACGUUUCAUAUUCAAGUGGCUGGCGAGGAGGAGAUGUUGACACUACACGCCAUGAAAUACGUCCCCGAUUCAAAAGUCUUCAGGGUCGUGGCAGAUAAUGGUCAGUGUGAUUUGAUGUGA